CUCAACCUCUGAGCCACGCUGGGCUGGGCGGUAUUACCUUCUUGUAUUCAUUUCCCAUUAUUAAAUUUGUCACUAACUUGUCAGUCCUUGGUGGAGGCCAUAUAUAUGUGUUCUAAAUGAGGUAUUUGUAUUUUAUAAUCCUUUAUAUUUAGUUUUUAGAGACCAUUCUAUAUUUAAUAAAAGCACUCAACAAUUAAGAAGGUUCUUAUGAGAAAACAGACUAAUUUGUACUCUCCUGACUUCCCUGAUGUGUUUCCAGCACCAGGGAAAUCGGUCAUGCAGACAAAUGCCUCCCAGCUUCAGCAUGUUCUCUUCUCUCCAGGUAGGGCAUCCCCGUGUGGAGCUGACCCUCUCAGAGCUCCAAGACAUGGCAGCCAGGCAGCAACAGCAAAUUGAAAACCAGCAGCAGAUGUUGGUCGCCAAGGAGCAGCGUUUACAUUUCCUAAAGCAGCAGGAGCGCCAUCAGCAGCAGUCUAUUUCUGAAAACGAGAAGCUUCAGAAAUUGAAAGAACGGGUUGAAGCCCAGGAAAACAAGCUGAAGAAAAUCCGUGCCAUGCGAGGACAAGUGGACUACAGCAAGAUCAUGAACGGCAAUCUGUCUGCUGAGAUAGAGAGAUUCAGCGCCAUGUUCCAGGAAAAGAAGCAGGAGGUGCAGACGGCCAUCCUGAGAGUCGAUCAGCUCAGCCAGCAGCUGGAGGAUCUGAAGAAGGGAAAGCUGAAUGGGCUCCAGCCUUACAACGGCAAGCUCACAGGCCCGGCGGCGGUGGAGUUGAAAAGGCUGUACCAGGAGCUGCAGAUUCGUAACCAGCUUAACCAAGAACAGAAUUCAAAACUCCAGCAGCAGAAGGAACUUUUAAAUAAGCGCAACAUGGAGGUGGCUAUGAUGGACAAGCGUAUUGGCGAGCUGCGUGAGCGUCUGUAUGGGAAGAAAAUCCAGCUGAGCCGUGUGAAUGGCGCGUCAUCGCCACAGUCACCACUGAGCACACCUGGCAGGGUUGCUGCUGUGGGACCUUACAUCCAGGUCCCCAGUGCUGGCAGCUACCCAGCCCCGGGGGACCCCAUAAAGCCCCAGUCUCUCACUGUGGCUUCAGGGGCUGCCCAUGGAAGGUCCAAACCUGCUAAUGAUGGAAACUGGCCAACACUGAAACAGAAUGUGAGCUCUUCAGUGAAAACAACGCCAAUCGCCAGUGUGGACUGGAAGGAUUCGGGCAUGGAGGGGCCCCUUAAGCAGGGGACAGUCUCCAGCCAGCCGGUGCCCCUGUCAGCGCUGGGAGCCAUGGAGAAGCUGGGCAUCGAGAUGGGUAAAAUGCCACCCCCCGUCCCUGGUGUCGGCAAGCCGCUGCCUCCAAGCUACGGGACAUACCCAAGUCCUGCACCUGUGGGUCCAGGCUCGACAAACUCCCUGGAAAGGAGGAAGGAGGGCAGCUUGCCCAGGCCCAGCGCAGGCCUGUCCAGUCGGCAGAAGCCUGGCCCACUGCCCUCCGUGGGCGGUACCCAUCCUCCGGGCUCCUCCCAGCAGAUCCAGCAGAGGAUCUCCGUGCCGCCGAGUCCCACGUACCCACCUGCGGGGCCACCUGCGUUUCCAGCUGGAGACGCCAAACCCGAGCUCCCACUGACUGUGGCCAUCAGGCCCUUCCUGGCUGAUAAAGGCUCGCGGCCACAGUCCCCCAGGAAAGGGCCCCAGACCGUGAAUUCAAGCUCCAUCUACUCCAUGUACCUCCAGCAGGCCACGCCACCCAAGAACCACCAGCCAGCCACACAUGGCGCCCUGAAUAAGUCGGUUAAAGCAGUGUAUGGGAAACCCGUUUUACCGUCCGGCUCCACGUCCCCGUCACCGCUGCCAUUUCUUCAUGGGCCGCUGGCCACAAGCGCCUCGCAGCCCCAGCCACCGGCCGAAAGUGCUGAGAAGGAGCCUGAGCCUGACAGCCCGGCCCCGCCCGGGGAGGGCACCACGGGCACCAUGGAGAGCCUGCCCCGGCCGCUCAGCCCCACCAAGCUCACGCCCAUCGUGCACUCACCACUGCGCUACCAGAGCGAUGCUGACCUGGAGGCCCUGCGCAGGAAGCUGGCCAACGCGCCCCGGCCCCUGAAGAAGCGCAGCUCCAUCACAGAGCCUGAGGGCCCCGGAGGGCCCAACAUCCAGAAGCUGCUCUACCAGCGCUUCAACACCCUGGCCGGCGGCAUGGAGGGCACCCCUUUCUACCAGCCCAUCCCUUCACAGGACCUCGCAGGCACCCUGGCCGACAUGGACAAUGGGAACACCAACACCAAUGGGAACCUGGGGGAGGCCAGCCCAGCCCAGCCCACAGUCCCGCUCCCCGCUGAGCCCACCCCUGCCUCGGAUGCCAACGACAACGAGCUCCCUUCCCCUGAGCCAGAGGGGCUCAUCUGUCCCCAAACCAUCCACCAAACAUCAGAGCCUGCCGAGGACAACAACAACAAUGUGGCCACAGCCCCAUCCACGCAGCAGGCCCCCAGUCCUGGGGCCGAGGCCCCCUCUCCAGGGGAAGAGCAAGUGUCCCCAUCACUUCCGCCCGUUGUGCCGCCGCUGGCAGCCUCUACGAGCAAACGGACCAACCUGAAGAAGCCUAACUCUGAGCGCUCGGGCCGUGGGCUGCGUGUCCGCUUCAACCCCCUGGCACUGCUCCUGGACGCAUCCCUGGAGGGAGAGUUUGACCUGGUGCAGAGGAUCAUCUACGAGGUGGAAGACCCCAGCAAGCCCAAUGAUGAAGGGAUCACCCCACUCCACAACGCCGUCUGUGCCGGCCACCACCACAUUGUGAGGUUCCUCCUGGACUUUGGUGUCAAUGUGAAUGCUGCUGACAGCGAUGGCUGGACGCCACUGCACUGCGCUGCCUCUUGCAACAGCGUCCACCUCUGCAAACAGCUGGUGGAGAGUGGUGCUGCCAUUUUUGCCUCAACCAUCAGCGACAUUGAAACCGCCGCAGACAAGUGUGAAGAGAUGGAGGAGGGCUACAUCCAGUGCUCCCAGUUUCUGUACGGGGUGCAGGAGAAGCUGGGUGUGAUGAACAAGGGAGUGGUCUAUGCCCUGUGGGGCUACGAGGCCCAGAACAGCGACGAGCUGUCCUUCCACGAAGGAGACGCCAUCACCGUCCUGAGGCGCAAGGAUGAGAACGAGACGGAGUGGUGGUGGGCGCGCCUCGGGGACCAGGAGGGCUAUGUGCCCAAAACACUGCUGGGGCUGUACCCUCGGAUCAAGCCCCGACAGCGAACGCUUGCCUGAGCCUCUGCCAGAGCACCCUAUGGGGCUGGCCCUUGCCAAGGAGCCACUGAGGUCACCCUGCUGUUGCCUGGGACGCGGAAGUUGGAAGUGUCUUUAAUGGUGCUCACUGCAGCAGACAGCGCCCACAAUGUGAAAUCCCGCAGGUUCCAGGUGAGGCUAUGUCUCCACUGUUGCCUCCAAGAGGACUGAAUUUUGCCAAUUACUGUAAAUCCAAAUAAAUACCCAGCUUUCUAAACCGCCUGUUGCCAAUAGAAGCCCUAGACUUAACCCCUGGUUGGUUGCCAAUACAGACAAAGGAUCUGACUGACUUGGCCCCAAGGCCACCCCAUUCUCUGUGCCACCCUCCCCAACAGUGGAACUCCCAGCCACUGUGAGGGGCACUCCCGCUAGCGCCCUGCCCAUCCGUUACUGACGUCUCAGAACCCGCCAUCCUGCCCCUCGGCACCCGUUUCUUCAUUACCAAAGGAGUCCAUGGGGAAACUCCUGUCCAGUGGUGGUCCUGACACGGGGGCUCCACUUCCUGUUCUGGCUAGUGGUGCUGGGCUUGACUCCUGAUUCCCUGGGCAUGGGGGCCCUUAGUCCAGUGACCCACAGCCAGGAGCUUGUGCACAGCUGUCCCCUCCUUUACUCACAACUGCCUUCUCUUCAGCCUCUCGCUGCCCAGGUGUGGCUCUUACCCCACACAACACAGAUACUGUUCAAGUGCAGUCAAACCCUGCAGCCCACAGGCCAGGGAGCCUGCAGUUGGUCCUUUGAGUGGCAGGGACAUCAGGAGGGGUAGGGGGUGGAGCCAGCCGUGAUAUAGGACCUCGGCCCAGUGCCAGACGGAACGAGACGAUGGCCCUCCACUGAGGUCAGCUGUGCGUACAGGCUUUUAUACCAAAAGUAUUUUUUGAUGAGACCAUUUGAAACUCCAGGAUGACAUUGGAAAUGUUUUUUCUCACAUUAAAGUCCAGGCCCUUAGGCUUUAUUUUCCAUG